AUGUCGGGUCAGACGAUCGACCCACGACCGCUACUACCAUGGCGAACUAAGUCCUUCACGGAGAUCGAGAUCGGGUUAGACCGAGAGACGGCAAGAGAACAGGCAGAGACCGUAGGGUCCACAUCCGCCAUCGUGGUCUACUCUGAUGCCUCAGGACGUGAAGGCCACCUAGGCGCUACUGUCGUUACACUCGACAAGAACCUAGAGGUCAUCGAAUCCCAGCAGGUCUAG